AUGGCACAAUACUUUCUAGACCUUUUCUAUACACUCACCAAUUGCAUGAGCUGCUUCCCCGGAUCGCCUCAGUUAAAGAUAAACAGCCGGAGUUUCAAAAUUCUGCGGUUGUUAGGAGAGGGUGGUUUCUCAUACGUCUACUUGGUCCAAGACACAAGCAAUGAAUCCCUUUACGCGCUGAAGAAGAUACGAUGUCCAUUUGGUCAGGAAUCUGUAGCUUUGGCUAUGAAAGAAGUGGAAGCAUAUGCUCUCUUUUCACCACAUCCAAACAUCAUCCACAGCAUAGAUUACUCCGUAGCUUCAGACCGCUCCGACCCGACGGCAAAAACAGUCUACAUCCUCCUACCAUAUUAUCGGCGCGGGAAUUUACAGGAUAUAAUCAAUGCGAAUUUGGUAAAUGGCACGAGAUUCCCGGAAAGGAAUUUGAUGGUUCUGUUUUUGGGAGUAUGUAAAGCGCUCAAAGCGAUGCACAAUUACAAAGUUGGAGGGCCACCGGGAGGAGCUAAUAGCCAGAAGAAGGCGAAGCGGGUGAGGGGACAGGCGGCAAGUGCGGAUCAGGAGUUGGCAGAGGAGGCAGAACUGCGGAGAGGGAGACAGGCUGCGAGACAAGUGGACUCAGAUAGUGAACAACAAGAAGCUCUGCUUGAACCGGAAAUUUUGACUGCGCAGGAAGGAAUUGCGCCUGGUGGUAUCAGGGCGUAUGCGCAUAGAGAUAUCAAACCAGGGAAUAUUAUGAUCGACGACGACGGCGAACAACCUAUACUGAUGGAUCUUGGCUCUCUUGCGCCGGCACCAACACCAAUAACAUCUCGUUCGCAAGCACUCGCGGUUCAGGAUCAAGCAGCAGAACACUCCACAAUGCCCUACCGAGCACCCGAACUCUUCGACGUAAAAACCGGCAGUGUAAUAGAUACCAAAGUCGACAUAUGGUCCUUAGGCUGCACGUUAUAUGCCUGUCUUGUUGGAAAAUCACCGUUCGAAAUGCGCAGCGACGAAACCGGUGGUUCUCUAUCUCUCUGUGUAUUAGGCGGCGAUUGGCGUUUCCCAGAUGAGGGUGCAGGAGGGAAGAAAAAGGCCACAAACCAGACCGGCCAAUCCGACGACAGCGAGAUUAGCGAGGGAAUCCGGGAGGUUGUCCGGAAAUGUUUGAAGGUUGAGCCUGCAGAACGACCUGAUGUGGAUGAGCUGAUAGAGAUUGUGGAAGGUGUUAUUGAGCAGUUACCUGAGAGUGGGCAUUCAUGA